CUCUCCUCUCUCUCUCUCUCUCUCUCUCUGCUUCAUCGCGCACGAGCUCGAGCUCCGCCCCCCCCCCCCCCCCCACCUCCGCAGCUCGGAGCACCGCCGCCCGAUCGGACCCCAUUGCCGCCGCGGCCGCCGCCCCGCCGCAGCGCCGCGAUCGCCCGAUCGCCAUUCCGCCGCCGGUCCCGACGAGCCCGGCGUCCCCGCUCCUCCCACCACCACCACCGCCACCACCGCCCGCACCACCCCCCGGCCCCACCCCGACCGUACGAUGGAGCCGUACGGCCCACCCGGCGAGGAGCCGCGGUCCGAUCCCGGCGCCGAGACCGGCCUCGAAGAGCGCGUGUGGCGGUUGGAAUUGGGAGGCGCUAAAUCGUACCCGGAGAGGCCCGAUGAGGCCGAUUGCAUCUACUAUCUGCGGACAGGGUUUUGCGGAUACGGCGCGCGCUGCCGUUUCAAUCACCCGCCCGACCGUAGCGCGAUUUUGUACGCUUCUCAGGUGCUUGGGGCUACACGAGCUGGUGCAGUUGAGUAUCCUGAACGCUUGGGCCAGCCAGUGUGCCAGUACUACAUGAGGACGGGUACAUGUAAAUUUGGUGUGUCCUGUAAAUUCCACCAUCCUAAGCAGGGAAUUGGUUCUGCUGUCCCUGUCGCCCUCAAUUUUUAUGGUUACCCAUUACGCCCGGGCGAGAAAGAGUGUUCCUAUUAUGUAAAGACAGGGCAAUGUAAGUUUGGUGCCACAUGUAAAUUUCACCAUCCUCAGCCAGCUGGAAUCCAGGUUCCAACACCAGGAGCAGCACCACAGAUUGCUCCGGUGGCUGCUCCGGUGGUGCCAUCUGCAGUGUAUCCUACUGCGCAGUCCCCUGCUGUUCAUUCGUCUCAACAGUAUGGUGUUGUAGUUGCAAGGUCUCCUGUAUUGUCAUCAUAUGGCCCCUACGGUUCUGUUUUUCUUUCCCCCAGCAUGGUUCCUUAUCAUGGUUGGAGUCCUUAUCCGGCAACGGUUGGCCCGGUUGCCUCUCCAAGUGCUCAACCUUCUAUGGGGUCGGGUUCAGUGUAUGGAGUAACCCAAUUAUCUCCACCGAUGUCAGGUUUCCCUGGACAAUAUCAACCUUUACUUUCCUCUUUCGGUGCUUCAAGUGGUUACCAAAAAGAUCAGUCAUUUCCAGAGAGGCCUGGCCAACCUGAGUGUCAAUAUUACAUGAAAACAGGAUAUUGUAAAUACGGAUCUUCGUGUAGAUACCAUCAUCCGCCAGAUCUGAUUUCACAAGAAGCAAGUGUUUUGCUUAGCCCCAUUGGCUUGCCAAUGCGUCCAGGUGCGCCACCCUGUACUUAUUUUGCGCAUCAUGGAGUAUGCAAGUAUGGGCGAGCUUGCAAAUUUAAUCACCCAAUGGGAAUGCUGAGUUACAGCCCAUCUGCAUCUUCUCUGGCAGACAUGCCCGUGGCACCCUACCCAGUGGGAUCUUCCAUUGGCACACUAGCUCCGUCUUCUUCUUCUUCAGAAUUGCGGCCUGAACUUAUUUCAGGGUCUCUCAGGGAGGCAUCAUCUACAAGGUCAUUCUCAUCAACGACUGCAUCCAGUGCAUCAAUUGGUUCAGUUCUAUCGAAGAGCGAAGCCGUUUCUCUUUCUAAAUCCCAAAAGUCUUAGUCAGACUCUGGCUCUUCACCUGGCAACAACAGCAGGACUACUGAAGAUCAGAGUACAAUAUGAAUUAAGGGAACAAAAAGCUUUUCACAAUACGUAGUUAGCCCAAUUUUUGAUGAACCAAAAACAUCACAUUUUUUGCCGAAACAGACCCAAGUAGGAGGCGCAUUCUCAGAUUCUGGUGCCAACAUUCAGGUCUAGCAGACCGCUGCAGCUCGUCAGUUCCACUCUAGUACAAUUUUUAGUUGGCCACACUUUUUUCUUGAAUAAGCAUGGCCAAUCGACAAAGGAUUAGCACAAGCUAUAUAAUUUUCCUUCAUUGCUUUGAAUAUGGGCAAGGGAGUCUGCAGUCUGAAACUUACAAUUGUCUGCCCCAAAUUUUGAAGGUUGCGUUUAUUUAUGACUAAAUGGCGAAGAUUGCUGGUACUGUCUUUCCUCAUUAGACACAUCUUGAUGUUGCAUUUCACGUCAAUUUUGGGAACAAGCUUCCAGUUCAACUGAGAGAGAAACUUGAAGUUCUUCCCCUUCCCCUCUUUUUGUGCAGGGUGUAUUAUUGAAUAAAAGCAGUUGACAAGAGAAUCCAAGGACUCACUCCGGGUUCCUUUACCUGAUUAGUAGAUAUAUCAUCCUCUUGGUACAAUGACUGCUUGACUCGGUCUUUGAAAUUAUACCAAAUACAAGUACAUGAACAGUCUCUCUAACUUCUUUGUUGAUUUCAGUCAUGUCCCUUUCUUCCGAGCA